GCGGAGUUCAGCGGCAAUUCCAUUUUGGUAACGACAUUGCAAUUGUAGUGCUAUUGUCCGCGGAAGCAUAAAUGUAUUGUUAAAAGGUACGUCGUACAAUAGGUGAGUUAAAAGAGACCCAGUGACAAACAGUCAGUUCCAUCCGUUUUGACGAAGCGAUAUUCUGGAGCUAGUGAUCCGAUCUGUGGACGAUAGCAAGCAGGUCAAGGAAGUUUGGCGGUGAGGUCUUCAGAAAAAAACAAACUGCUGUGGUGAUAAGCUCACAUUUUCCGUAGUUGAUGAUCCGAUUGGUGAGCAGCGAACAUUUCGGGUGAGUCGAUUUUCACUAUUCUCGUUUCACUUGUGUGCUAACUUAAAUUUAAUCAGCUUUUACGGUGAACUAGUACCUUUUAAUUGCUUUGCCUUUUGAUAUGGCUAAUGUGAAUGUAACAGCCACUAUUGAACCCUAUCGUAAGGGUAUGCCUUUUGGCGAAUGGGUCGAAAGAUUAGAAUUUUAUUUCACCUUGAACGAUGUUGUCGAUGAGGCUAAAAGAGCAUAUUUUGUAACCCUCAGUGGUCCGGUAAUAUUCCACGAGUUAAAGUUACUCUUCCCAACUAGAAAUUUGGUUACGGUGUCCUACGAUGAUAUGAUCGCCAGGUUACGGACCAGGUUAGAUAAAACUGAAUCUGACCUGAUCCAAAGAUUAAAAUUCAACAAUCGCAUGCAACAACCGGAUGAAUCAGUUGAAGACUUUGUUCUGUCGGUCAAGCUACAGGCAGAGUUCUGCUCUUUUGGCGAUUUCAAAGAUCUCGCUAUUAGAGAUCGUAUUUUGGCGGGGGUGCGUGAAAAAUCCCUCCGAGGAAGAUUAUUAAAUGAGGAAAACCUUACUCUUGCCAUAGCAGAAAAAAUUAUUGCAACCUGGGAGCUAGCCGGUAAAAAUGCAAAAAAUUUGAAUAGUAAUAACGAAGACCAAUAUGGUCAGAUAGUUUCAAUGCAACAAGCUUCCCCAAAGAUAGGAUCAGCUAUGAAUAAAUUGAUGGCAGUUUGUAACGCAGUUAAUGCAAACAACGAAAGGGAACAUUUAAAUUCGCCUCGGGUACCUCUUAAGGAACGAUUGGGUUACAAGCCAUAUGACCAGAAACUCGACCACACUGUUAGAUCAAGAGGACAAAGCUGGAGAGAAACGGAAAAAUUUCGACCUGGUGAGUGGAGACAGAAGCUGAGCUAUGCGGACGUGAUUUGCCACUUUUGCGGGAUGAAGGGACACGUGAAGCGCAAGUGCUUCAAAUUGAAAAACAUGAGGCGAGGAGCAGUUAAUCUGGUGAGCCAGUAUCAGUCGGGACCAAGUGACGAUCACAGCAUCUCAGAUUUACUAAGCCGUAUGCGGACGGAGGACUCAGACAGCGAUAAUGAAGAUACAGGUGGAAACGGAAACUGGAAACGUUCGCCUAAUGGCUCAUCGAAAUCAGCUGAGGUUCACUACUGAUAAGACAUCGUCAAAAUCUACUGUAACGCUGUCCCUUCCGAACCGUACAGACAGAUUGCCGGUUGGCAAUAGUGAUGAUCAUCUCAGAACAUCAGCGGAGUCAGUAGUAGAGCCGCCCACAAGGAUCCGUAAGAGGAAAUAUUCUGAUAUUUUGCCUAAUUCUCCUUCUGGAACAAGGCGCUCGAAAAGAAAACGAACGACGAAGGUCGACAACGAUUUCGUUUAUGGUUAAACAGUUUAUAUUAUUAAGUUACAGUUUUAUAGUUGAAAUUUCGAAUGAUUUAUUGAAUUCAUGAUUUGUCAGAAGGGUUUCACUAUUGAAAAAUAUCUGAAAAAUAAGAAAUAGAAAUAUUAGUAGUUACGAUUAUAAAAUAUUAAAUAGAACUUUCCAUUAGGGGAAGAAUUGUGAUGUACUGUCAAAUGACAGUUCUGAUUAUAAAAUCAGAUCAG